AUGUUCUUUCAUUUCUCCAGAACCUCUUUAGAGGUUAUCCCACACAACUUUACAUUAUUGAGGAGAGGGUCGUUACCUUGUUCCGGACCCUCUUCUCUUUAAUUAAUCAUACAUUUGUGUGUUGUUUUGUCUCGAUUAUUACAAAAGCCAUUUGAGCAAGGAAGAUAUUCAUUCUGGAUUUGCUAGCACAAAAAUGGACAGUAAUCAUAAAAGAAUUUUUGUGCUAGCCGUCUCUUCCUUGCUCUUGGUGGCUAUGGUCGUUGGUGCCGCAAUAGGCUUGAUUGGUAGCAAUGACAACAACAGUUCACCAGAAAUAUCAACUUCUAAUAAGGCCAUCAACACCCUUUGCAGCUCUGUGGAUUAUCAAGAUACAUGCGUGAAAAGCCUGUCAUCGAAAGAGUACAAUCAAACAGAUGAUCCGAAAGAAUUAAUAAAGAUCGGAAUGGAUGUAACAAUUAAGCGAAUCAAAGAGGCUCUUAAUAAAUCUGUAACUUUAGAAAACCUCGAGAAAGAUCCAAUGACAAAAGAAGCUCUCAGGACCUGCACCGAUCUUGCAAAAACGUCCAUAAACGACCUCGAGAGAACAUUUAUCAAAUUUGCAGAUUUUGACAUUACUGAGGUUAAUGUAAUUCUUGCGGAUUUAAAGGUUUGGCUAAGUGGUGCCAUGACAUCUGAAGAAACCUGCUUAGAUGGUUUCGAAAACACGACAGGAGAAGCCUCGGCCAACAUGAGGGAGGCCUUGAAAUUAGGCAUGCAAAUGACAACUAAUUCCCUGGCUAUGGUUACUGAAAUUGCCACAGCUUUUGCCAAAAUGAAUAAUGAGAAAGCCGUGGUCCGUGGCCGUCGUCUUUUGUCAUUCCCUGCUUGGAUUGAUCCUCUUAAGAGGAAACUCUUGGAAUCCAAACAUAGUUCAGAGGCUGACGUUGUUGUUGCGAAGGAUGGAAGUGGCAAGUACCGAACAAUUAACGAAGCUUUGAAGGAUAUACCGAAAUCUAGUAAUACAACAUUUGUUAUUCAUGUUAAGGAAGGUGUGUACGAAGAGAAAGUUGAGAUCCUUUCGAAUAUGACUCAUGUGAUGAUGAUCGGUGAUGGACCCAGCAAGACCAGGAUUACAGGAAAAUUGAACAGAGUCGAUGGAACCAGCACUUAUCAUAGCGCAACAGUUGCUGUUCGCGGAGAUUAUUUCAUUGCAAAGGACAUUGGAUUCGAGAACACAGCAGGGUCUGAGAAGGAGCAGGCAGUGGCACUUCGUGUCAGUGCUGACAAAACCAUCUUCUACAAUUGCAGGAUGGACGGAUAUCAGGACACACUUUACACUCAUGCCUAUCGACAAUUUUAUCGUGACUGCGUGAUAUCAGGCACCAUUGAUUUUGUUUUUGGUGAUGCAGCCGUUGUAUUCCAGAACUGUCAAUUUUUAGUAAGAAAGCCAUUAAAUAACCAGCAAUGCAUUGUCACAGCACAAGGCAGGAAAAAUGUCCGACAACCAACCGGAAUCGUUCUUCAAAAUUGCACAAUCACUGCUGACUCAUCCCUCGAGUCUGACAAAAGUAAGUUCAAAACAUACCUUGCUAGACCCUGGAAGGAGUACUCAAGAACAAUCAUAAUGGAGUCCUACAUCGACGAUGUGAUCCAGUCUCAGGGAUACUUGCCCUGGAAUGACACGUUUGCACUCAACACUCUUUUUUACACUGAGUUCAACAACAAAGGGCCUAGCUCCUCAAAAGACCAGAGAGUGAAAUGGCCUGGCAUUAAAGAGCUGACAACCGAAAGGAUCCUGCGUUUCACUGCCACACAUUUUAUUGACGGUGAUUUGUGGAUACCUAAGACAGAAGUGCCAUAUGCUUCGAGCCUUAUACUACCACCGCCUACAGAUGAAGUAGUGGCGGCGAGUCCAAUCUCUCUAGAGGAAGAUGUAGAUUUCAACCGAACAAAUAGUCAGCAAGAAAGUGAUUUGGAAGCUGCAUUGAAGUCACCUUCCACAUCAUCCAAUGAAGCUACUUCUGCUUCUGUAUCUCCUUUGCCUUCACUAUCCGAGUCCUCCUCUGACUUAGAUUCGCCUUCGCCUUCAUCUUCAGAAUCUGAUUCUACUAAUGCUCCUGAAUAUUCCCCCCUGUCAGCACCAGCCUCGGCUUCUGAGUCAGCCCCUGAAUUAGUCCUUGCCCCUGCUUCGGAUCUUGAUGCCCCUGCAUCAGCCCCUGUGCCAGGAUCUUCCCCUGCUUCUAUGUCUGACAGUUCAGAAUCAACAUCUGAUUCUAAUUCUGAUACCGAACCUGCCUUCAGUUACGGUAAAGUCACAGACAUUCCAUCUGAUUUUGCUCAUAAACUCGUUAAUAAUUUAUUCCAUAGGGGUGUAUAGAUGCAAAAUAUUAUGAGUUGAUCAUGUCAACUAUCAGUACAGAAACUGUUGUUUCUUUGUGAAGUAUUGCACCGUACAAAUUAACUACAGCAUUAUCUUUAACU